CUCAAGUGCUUUUCGAAUAGCCAUGGCGAUGAUGCGGACCAGGACCAAAAGCCGAGGUAUGUGCCUCUGCCUUCUCGGGAUUGCAUUGGCGCUGCUCGUGCAGCCGAGCACGGAGUCCCUUGUCGACUUUGCUCGAGGAGUUACUGGGCUGAAGGACAGCGUAUUGGCAAAACGGCACCCGUUGCAUGCCGGAGUCGCUCGGCGCGCCGGGGCUGCGCAAGAGGACAACAGUGGCCAGGACCGGCGCGAUCUCGAGGCGGCGGACCAGAGAAUGCGGGCCGAGUUCGUGGAAGAGGACCUGCUCCUGGCGCGGCAGCAGCUGCAAUGGGAGUCCGAGGCCAUGCAGAACGUCAGGGAGGUGAAGGAGCAUGUGGAAAAGCUGGUUAAGAAGUUUGCGGGGGCGGAGUAUUGGGCACGCCCGACACCACGCUGUGGGAAGUAUGUGCGAGGCGAGAGGCUCACUUGGCCUGGAACAGACUUGCCUUGCCCGGGUGAGUUCCCAAACGUUUCCCAGAUAGAUGAUGGCCGGACCACAGCGUUCGGCAUUAGCAACGCCUUUGGCACCGGGAAGACGGAGGUUGCGAUCCGGAGUGCCGAGAUGACCUGCGCAGCGGAGCCCGGCUUGAGAGUCGCUUACAUCUCUUUCAGCAAUCGAUAUGCGAGCCCAGCUUUGACGGACGACAGCUUGGGCAGCCAGGUGCGAUGCAGCAAAUACUGCGGGCUGUGGCUCAUGGCAGGGAUACGGGCAACGCGGGUCAUUGACAACGAGGUGCAGGGCAAUUCGGAACUCUUCCAAGCAAUUGUUGGAGCUUACAUGGGAAAUCCUCAGUGGAAGCUUCCUGACUAUCGUGAAGAAACCGAUGCCAAACUAAUCGUCAUUCUUGACGAGGUGCAGAGGUUCAGCUUCAGCGCACUGGAACGCCUUGUUACCAUGAUCAUUGUGCCGUCAAAGACUCGCAUGAGUCUUGUGGUUGGUGCUUUUUCACCGUCCUUUUUGACAUCUGGCAAUCGACUGCGCGAUAUAAGGCUGCCAGUAUUAGCAGAGGAUGACAUGGAGCAGAUUUUCCAGAACAGGAUUCCAGGUGCGCGGAUAAAUUUCGAAGGAGUGUCAUUGCCGGGGCUCUUCGGCGGCUGUGUGCGGCCGCUAGCCAGUUGGUCCUCUGCAAAAGAGGAACUUGGAAUGAACCAGGACCCCACCCAGUCCUGUCUUCGCCAAUAUAAGAAUCUUGCAUCCAACUACUGGACGACGGCGGACCUCUUUCAGGCGGCCGUUGCGGAUGUGCCCAUCUGCUCUGAGAUGCUGAAAACUGCAUUUAUGCAGAACAGCCUGAGUCUCGGUGCCGCCUUCGUCUUACCCAAACACCGGCAUUUCCUUGUUUCGCUGCCACCCUUGCAGAUUGCGGCAGGCCAGUUCGAACUUCCAACUGAGAUAGAUAAGGGCACUCAAAGGAAAGUUCGUUACAUACUGACGGAUUUUUGCUCACCUACGUGGACGCAGUUCGAGGAGCUCACGGGCAUCGCGCCAGCUUUGCGAGUUGCUGCGUUGUCACAAACCAACACGGGCUUGAUUCUUGGUGGCCAUACCGUUCUGCAGCAUGUCUUUGGAAGCGGGGCCUCCAAUACCAAGGCCCAGGAACUGCUCAGGAAAAAUGUGAGGGAAGAUCUCGCAGUGCGUUGGGUCAGAGGUGGCACAGAUGUGGCAGAACUGAACUUUUCUCAGCUCAGUUGUGAUGCUGGCGAGGAGGACCUGUUGACCAUUAGCAUGGCCGCAGAUCACAAUUCGAUUUUCGACCACUUCCUCAUUGUCCCGCUGGACAAUGGCGAGAAGCUCAUGUUCUGCUUAGAUGCAAAAAUUAGCGUGGAGGGUAGGAAGAAGGACUUGAAAUUCCAGCAAGACAUUCAGCCCAAGCUGAAGGGAUUCUCAGCAAUGAACCUUCCAACAAGUUGGCAUACGUUGGUCCUUAUCGUGUCGAAUCGCAGGAUCACCAAAGGGCAAGCAAGACGUGUAAAGAAUUCUGCAGAGGCACCGCUAAUCGCAGCAGGGGCGGAGCACCUGCAGCGCGUGCUGUCGUGCUCUUUGGUCCCACCAGCAUACAGAGAGCGGUGGAUGUGAGUGGGACGCUGGUGCAUGUUGCGGCC